CUUGCCCCGGAAGCGCUUGGAGCACGGCGCAACUGGGCGCUAAGAUGGCGGCGGCGUGAGUUGCAUGUUAUACGAGGAUCCCGGGGCUGCCGCAUUGCUCCGGCCCCGCCAUGGCCGUCGUCAUCACACUUAAAACGUUGCAGCAGCAGACCUUCAAGAUACGCAUGGAGCCUGAGGAGACGGUGAAGGUGCUGAAGGAAAAGAUAGAAGCUGAGAAGGGUAGAGAAGCUUUCCCUGUGGCCGGACAGAAGCUCAUAUAUGCUGGCAAGAUCUUGAGUGAUGAUGUCCCCAUCAAGGAAUACCAUAUAGAUGAGAAGAACUUUGUGGUUGUCAUGGUGACCAAGACCAAGACUGGCCAGGGGACUCCAGCACCCCCAGAGGUCUCACCUACUGCUGCCUCGGAAUCCUCCACACCUUUCCCUCCGGCCCCGGCAUCAGGGAUGUCCCAUCCUCCACCUCCCAGCAGUGAGGACAAGAGCCCAUCAGAAGAUUCAGCCACCACAACAUCUCCAGAAUCCAUUUCUGGCUCUGUUCCUUCUUCAGGUAGCAGCGGGCGAGAGGAAGACGCAGCUUCCACAUUAGUGACUGGCUCUGAGUAUGAGACGAUGCUGACCGAGAUCAUGUCCAUGGGCUACGAGCGGGAACGGGUUGUGGCCGCGCUGAGGGCCAGCUACAACAACCCCCACAGAGCUGUGGAGUACUUGCUGACGGGAAUUCCCGGAAGCCCCGAGCCCGAACAUGGUUCUGUCCAGGAGAGCCAGGUACCAGAACAGCCGGCCACAGAAACAGUGGAGAACCCCCUGGAGUUUCUGCGGGACCAGCCCCAGUUUCAGAACAUGCGGCAAGUGAUUCAGCAGAACCCAGCACUGCUCCCUGCACUGCUCCAGCAGCUGGGCCAGGAGAACCCUCAGCUCUUGCAGCAAAUUAGCCGUCACCAGGAGCAGUUCAUCCAGAUGUUGAAUGAGCCCCCGGGGGAGCUGCCGGAUGUCUCUGAUGUAGAGGGCGAGGUUGGUGCCAUAGGGGAGGAGGCCCCACAGAUGAACUAUAUCCAGGUGACGCCGCAGGAGAAGGAAGCUAUAGAAAGGAGCCCAGCCUGCUCAAAGUUGCUGGCAAGACCAGGAGGCGACAGAUGGGCCCCUCUUGGCCUCUGUCCCAGCUCCCUGCAGCCAGAUGGAGAGGCGCCUGCCUGCUUCCCCAUCCCUGAAGCAUCCCCAAGGACAACCCACCUCCCUCCUCCAUGAUGAGGGGAAGCUGGAGCCCUAAACUUUUAUCCUCCAUUGGAGUGGCCCAAAUCUUUCCAUCUGGAGUGAGUUCAUUAGAAGCCCAAGGCCUUCUCCCAAGACUGGCCUUGGCCUCCAGCCUGGAGAAGAAGGUAACAUCAGUUCUGAAGGCCAAGGCUACCCCUGCCCCAGGACAGAACCACAUCUCUGAUAAAGGUUUUAAAGUGAAUAAAGUUUUAAAAGUGAGCCCUAAUAAUGGUGCCUGCCUCCUGGAGCUUCUCACAGCAGCCUAUGAAUCUGUGAGCUAGCUGGGGCACAGGUGACGUGGCAUGCCGAGCUGUGGGGAAGACGCCUGUGAGCCUCACAGAUGGGGGCCCCAGCAUCUUUUCCCUCUGGAAACUUGGGCCCCUGCCCCAGCUCAGCCCUGGAAGGGCUGCUGCUCCCUCUAUCAUGCAGUCUGUUUGGCUGUACUCCCCCCGGUAAUUGGCUAAUUACUGGAGAUUAAUGUUGGUAAACAGAAGCCUCCUUCUCCACCGCCAUCUGCUCCUUCAUUAUUUGCCCAUCCAUUCCCCCUUCUAUAUCCCUGAAGCCCCAGUUCAUGGCAUGGACUAGCGUCCAGGUGUGAACACAGCCCA